AAAAGAAAAGAAGCCAUAUCCAUUCUCAUCCAGAUGGCCGCUAUUAGCCCGUGAACAGGUGUACGGAGUACGGAGUAGACCAGGGGAAAACCCGCGACAUUCUAGCCUCUACUUUCUGUGGCCAACCAUGUGGCCGAUGGUACAAUCCGAUUACCCUGGUCCUGUGGCGUGCUCCGAAAUUAAAUAGUACCAAGGCACAUGUGUUCCGUCUUCAACCUGGUCGGUAGUUAGUCGUCGCCCUUUAUCUGGAAGUUAAGAUAUCCUUGUCGGAGGGGUGGACAGUCGCUGUACAACCCCCUCCUCCGCGACCAACGGAGAUGCCUUUUGUGUGACCUUGCAAACCACCAUCCGAUGUCCAGGACAGCUCUACAGUCACCAUGUCGCAGGAUUCAAUCGAGAUGACGCCGUUUGGGACUAGAGUCCCGCGGCAGUAUGUGCAGGAGAUCCAGCCUAACAGUGGGCUGAAGCAGAGAGACGGUGGCUCCAACGGGAUGAUCGGAUCGGCGAGCAAUACAGGUGCAAGAUAUCAGAUGGAGAGGAAGUUCGGGUCGCUUUCCAUCUUGGCCCUGUCGAUCACAUUGCUGGCUUCUUGGGAGUCUAUCGCGAGCGGAUUCAGCGAAGGGUUGACCAACGGGGGACCAGCCGCUCUGGUCUGGGGGAUGCUGUUGUCAAUUUCCGGAACGAUGGCCUUGGCUAUGUCGUUGGGUGAACUGGCAUCGAUAUGCCCGCUCGCAGGAGCCCAAUACCACUGGACUGCACUGCUGGCGCCGCCGAAGAUCAGGGCGUUCUGCACCUGGAUGCAAGGCUGGAUCACCGUCUUUGCCUGGCAGGCUGCCGGCACUAGCAUUUGUUUCCUCGUCGCAACGCAGAUCCAAGGCCUCAUGAUUCUAAACUACCCCGAUUAUGUCUAUGAGCGAUGGCACGGAACCUUGCUGAUGUGGGCGGUGAUGCUCGUUUCGCUCGCAAUCAACAUCUUCGCCGUCAGAAGCCUACCGCUACUGCAGCUGUGCGGGGGAAUUAUGCAUAUUGCAUUUUUCAUCGUCCUGGUCGUUCCGUUGGUUUUGCUGUCGCCACGGAGUACGUCCAAGUUUGUGUUCACCCAGCUGUUGAACGAGAACGGAUGGAAGAGCAAUGGCGUCGCCUGGUGUCUGGGGAUGUUGACUGUCACGUACUCUCUGACUGGAUUCGACGGAGCGCUUCACAUGAGUGAGGAAGUCCGUAACCCAGCCAAAGUCAUCCCACGGAUUCUCAUUCAAACCAUUGCCAUCAACGGGACUUUGGCAUUUGCCUUUAUUCUUGUCCUCUUAUAUUGCAUCGGAGACGUCGACACCGUCAUGUCUACGCCAACAGGGUACCCGAUCAUUGCCAUAUUGUACCAGACCACCGGGUCGGUGAGGGCGGCUACCGCCAUGCAAGCCGCAAUCACUUCCGUCGGCUUUGUCUCCAACAUUGCAUUCCUUGCUUCUGUCUCUCGACUCACCUGGGCCUUUGCUCGUGAUGGUGGUCUUCCUUAUUCCAAAUUCUUCGCCAAGGUCGACGGGAAAUACCACAUCCCCUUCCGCUCCAUUUGCCUCGUCAGUGUUAUCACCAUGGUUCUUUCCCUGAUCAAUAUCGCCUCCACUACUGCUCUCGAAGCCAUCCUGGCGCUGACCACUAGCUCCAUCUAUGUUUCAUACACUAUUCCUGUGGUCCUCAUGCUUCGCAAACGCCUUCUACACGAGCCAAUCACUUUCGGCCCCUGGACAAUGGGCCGAUGGGGGUUGGCCGUCAAUCUUUACGCCAUUGUCUACGCAAUCUUUGUGUGUAUAUUUGUCAUCUUCCCGACGGAGGUCCCUGUGUCUGCGACGAAUAUGAAUUACUCGGGCCCCGUGUUUUUGGGAGUCCUGCUGUUUUUGAUCUGCGACUGGCUCGUGCGAGGAAGAGGAAGGUAUAUUGGGCCCCUGAAGGAACUGAUACAGCAAGCAGCUCAAACGGACAGGUAGAUAUGUCGAUUUCAUGUAUUUAUUACCUUCAAACUUCUUGUAACAAAAGAAACCCUUUUUUUAUGGAAUUCCCCGCCAGUCGAAUCACGGGGCGGUGUCUUUCUGCCACCGUUGCCCACCACACGUGACCUUUUUUUUUUCCUGCAGCUGGCGCCUAGAAUGGUUCGUCCCGCCUUGUAUAGCCGCCUUUUUUUCUUUUCUCCCCCCCCUCCCUGGCUUAAAACCAGGAGGGCAAUCGUCGAAUUUAUUGUCGCCACACUCCUUAUAUUACUGCAAAGAUGAAGUACGUUUUGGUUUCUGGAGGUGUCAUCUCCGGUGUUGGGAAGGGCAUUAUUGCCAGCAGCUGCGGUUUGCUGCUGAAAACUGCAGGCCUGGCCG